CACAUCAUCUCUUCCUUGAUCAUAGAAGCUGAAAGAGAAAAAGAUUUCUAUCUCAUUCAUCAAAAAAUGAAGAAUCAGGUACUUGAACAAGUCAUUGGAGUUCCAAUGAAAUCAACACUGUAUCAAAUCGAGAGAAUGCCAAUACGAUACUUACCGGACGCUGCUGGCCAGUACCGCAUUCCGUCAUCCGCUGAAGGGUCUAUCAAAUUUAUAAAAGGCAAAGGGAACUUUGUUCUUAAAAGGAUGAACAAGCUUGGAAAGAAGGCUGAUACUUUCGCCCAUGGAGUCCGGGAACAUGUGAGGGUAGGGCCAAAGAUCACUGAAACCGUGAAGGGAAAGUUGAGUUUGGGGGCAAGAAUUCUUCAAGUUGGAAGCGUGGAUAAGAUAUUCAAACAAUUGUUUAGUGUCGGAGAAGGAGAGAAGCUGUUGAAAGCAUGCCAAUGCUAUAUAUCAACAACAGCAGGUCCCAUAGCUGGUUUACUUUUCACCUCAUCCCAAAAGGUCGCCUUUUGCAGUGACAGAUCAAUCAAAAUCCCAUCUCCUGAUGGAGAAUUCCUCAGAUUCCAUUACAAGGUUUUGCUUCCACUUGAGAAAAUAAAGGGAGUUAAUGAGAGUGAAAACGUGAAGAAACCAUCACAGAAGUACAUGGAAAUUGUGACGGUAGAUGAUUUCGAGUUCUGGUUUAUGGGGUUCUUGAAUUACCAGAAAGCUUUCAAGUACCUUCAGCAAGCAAUCUCCCAAAGAUACCUAAAUGAUGUACUGCAAGUCACUUUCUAG